GUACGCGUGAGGUAGCAUUGCAUGUCAGAUGCAGACCGUUUUUUAAAAACACAGGGCUUAUUUUUGCAAAUAAUCAUUACUAUUAGAUAUAAAACAUUAUUGAUUUGUCGAUCUAAAGGGCAACUGCGUAAAUGAUUAAAGGAAUCGCGCUGCACAAAACAGUUAACUUUUCAGGACAAGUUCAUUUGCAAAUGCUGUGAUUAUUACACAGCUUUUUUAUUUUUAUUUAUGUUUUGUAAAAGAUGAGUGUUAUCGGUGAUAUUUACAACAAAAUUAAUUUAAUGGAUUCCAAAACAUUUAGGUCUAGGUUCUGUUAUGGUGUUUUUUGCUGAAGGAGGCGUGGCAUGCCGGUAGCAGACUGUUACUAACAGGAGGACGCCCCCUUCACCAAAUUUGGCCAUUUCUUCUCCCAGUUUCCGGCGCUCACGCGGCCGUUCGUCAUGACGGCGCUGUUGGCGCGAGCGCGCGGGCAACUUACUGCUUUUCGUAGGUUUCCGCAGAGUGCAAAGUGGUCAAAUAUCACGGAAAUCCCCCUGAGGUCAUCCAGCACUAAAGCUGCCCCGAGCUACCGGAGAAUGGACUAUCAGGAUGCCAUUUGCACCCUGAACACACUACAGACCAAUGCCAGUGCGCUGGAGCAGGUGCGCCGAGAGCGAGCUCACCCCCAAGUCCAGCUGCAGGCCAUGAGGAGCUUCUUGCAGCGUUCAGGCCUUACGGUGGAGGAACUUGAUCAUCUCAACAUCAUACAUGUAACUGGAACAAAGGGAAAGGGUUCAACAUGUGCCUUCACAGAGAAGAUUCUGAGGAGCUAUGGCUUCCGCACUGGAUUUUACAGCUCCCCACACCUAGUACAGGUCAGAGAGAGGAUACGUGUGAAUGGCUCCCCUAUUGGAAGAGACAUUUUCACCAAAUACUUUUGGCAAGUGUACAGCCGGCUGGAGGAAACUAAGGAUGCACAUGGUGGCAGUAUGCCAGCAUAUUUCCGCUUCCUGACUAUCCUUGCCUUUCACGUAUUCCUGCAGGAGAAGGUGGACGUAGCAAUCAUUGAGGUGGGAAUAGGUGGUGCCUAUGACUGCACCAACAUAAUUAGGAGGCCAUGGGUGUGUGGCAUUUCCUCACUGGGCAUUGACCACACCAGCAUUCUUGGGGAUACCAUUGAGAAGAUUGCCUGGCAGAAGGGAGGAAUAUUUAAGCCUGGGGUUCCAGCCUUCAUCGUCAAGCAAACAGAGGGACCAAUGACUGUUCUUCAGGAGAGAGCCGAAGAGAUUGGGUGCCCAUUGUUUUUGUGCCCGGAGUUGGAUCAGUACCAGAGCUCUGAGGAGGUGAAAUUGGGUUUGGCCGGACAGCACCAGUGCUCCAACGCCUCGCUUGCAUUACAGCUCACACACUGCUGGCUCCAGAGGCGCUGCAGCACAGAUCCAGCAGUUACUUCUGUGUCAGGUUUUACUGGCCUUCAUACGGCUUCGGUUUUUGAGCCAAGUCCUCAGAUGCUGAAAGGCCUGGCUGAGACUGAGUGGCUGGGCAGGAAUCAGACCCUAAAGCGUGGCAGUGUCACAUACUUCCUGGAUGGCGCUCACACCACACGCAGCAUGCAGGCAUGUGUCAACUGGUUCAGUGAGGUGGCCGCACAACACGAGAAAAAUGCUACGGGUUCGGUGGUACGAGUGCUGCUGUUUAAUGCUACUGGAGAACGCGAUUGUGGUGCUAUGCUCAAGUUGCUCGUGCCGUGUCAUUUUGACUUUGCAGUUUUCUGUCCGAACAUCACUGAGGCCAUUGCUGACUGCAAUGCAGACCAACAGAACUUCAACGUGUCUGUAGAGCACAUGCUCAUGCGUUGCCUGGAUAAUCAGCAGAGCUGGCGCGUUCUCAGUGGUAUUGAGGAAGAGGGGCCUGAAUCAGAGCUUCUAAUUGGGGGUGGUGUCCAUCUGCCUCGGAGAGUGGAGAGACAUGGUGCCUCAUUGGUUUUCCCCUGUAUCUUGAGUGCUCUUCAGUGGAUCACACAGGGACGAGACCCAGUCGUGUCCAAUUCCACCAAACACAUCAUGCCUGUCAAAGCUAGUGUCGAUGCUAAAGCAGUGCCACUAAGAGAGGCUGCUAAUGUGCAUGUGCUGAUCACAGGUAGCUUGCACCUGGUAGGAGGAACCCUAAAACACCUGGUACCAGCCCUGUCAUCCUAACACAAUAUUUUGUUUGUGUAUGUGACAAUACACACCCUGGUGGGAGUGUGUAUUCGGUUUGUUUUUGCACGCUCACUGUAAUAUGAAAAUUGGUGCAGCUAAAUUAAGCUUUAUUUAAGAUUUGACAAUUUCUGAAUAUUCCUGCUAAGUACAAAGCAGGAGACUAAAGCACUUACUUUUUCACCUGUGCCUUCCUUCUGUAGGAAAAGUUCACAGAGCCUAUUUAAACACAGUUUAACCCUAGUCUUAGGCCCCCUUCAGUUGUCUUAAAUUUCAAAGUCUUAAAUACCAUGGGACUGAGCUUAAUCUGUUUAGGAUACACAGAUGCUGGGAUCUUCAUAUAUAUUAACACUGAAUAUUAUGAAAGGCCUGCAGCCAAAACUGCAUACAUUAUGCUGUCAAAUGUUUAUGCAUUACAUUUCAUAUACUGCUCUGUUCCCAGUUUACAUUAUUUAUGUGCUACAAAUCAUGGUAUUCAUUUUUGAAAUACUGUUUGGUUUGACAUGAUUGACAUGAAUUCUUUGAGUUACGCACAAAAAUUAUAUAACACACUGUGAAUGUA